AUGUUAAUUGCUAUAUCGCAACUCCUAAUUGACGCUUUUAUUAUACACAUAUGCUCAAUAACUACUAAAUGGUCAGCAAAUGCUGUUUUUAUUGCUUAUUCAACGUUUAUAUCUCCUAAUAACUUAAAUUAUUUCAACAGAAAUAGUUUAAAAUUGUUUGAUAAGUGUAUUAAUUGUAAAAUAGAUCUUCUUACCGAUGCUAAAUUUUGUAUUGAAUGUGGAACACCUUGCAAUCAAAAAGGAAUUACAUUGAGCAAUUUUGUAAACGAAAUUUAUUUGCCCCGUCGCCAAAGCGAUGUGUCACGUAACACUUUUCGCGUGGAAUCGGGUUUUUGGAAGCUAAUAAACAAAGCUUUGGGUCAUAUACCUAUGGCACAAAUUGAUGUAAAGACCUGGGAAGAUUACCUAUCGCAAAUGAGGAAACGGAAAUGUACGGCUCGGACACAGCAGUUACACCAAAUGACUUUUAUAAAUGCUUUUAAAUAUGCUCACUACUGUGGAUACCUUGAUUCAAUACUAAAUCUCCGUAAAAUUAGGGGAGCCACUACCAGAUCCAGGCAAAUCAUCCCAUUCACUGUAAAUGAAGCUAAGAGGCUUUUACUGAAUACCGACAAGAAACACAGAGCCAUGUUUGCGUUGGGAAUUGGUAUGGGAUUAAGGCCCAGUGAAGUAUUGUCUAUAAAAUGGCCAGAUAUUGAUUUUGAACGCAAAAUGUUAUAUGUUAGAGGGAGUAAAACCAAAGCAUCAGCUGUGUCAAUUCCUUUUACAGAUUUGGCAUUUCGUGAGACGCUUAAAUGGUGGAGAUAUAAUAGACAACCAAAAACAGGUUUAUUAUUUAAGGCACCAAGGAAUCCUAAGAAGCAAAUGGUUUCCUUCAAAACCGCCCUCAUGGGUGCAGCAAAAAGGGCUCAUGUAGAUAUAACAUCGGAUGGUGUAGAGAGACGUAUUUUUCCAUAUUUACUUCGCCAUUCAUUUGCCACCCUCGCUGCUACUUCAAAUCCCCCAGUACCUAUACCAGUUACCCAAGCCAUAAUGAGACAUACCAGCAGUAAGAUGGUUCUCGAGAUUUAUGCCAAAGCUGGUGCCUUAGCUAUACAGGAAGGGUUACAAAAUUUUGCCCUGUAG